AAAAUUCCCCAAAAACACGCGCACGAUAAUGAUUCCCUUUACUCUUGUUGCGUGCAAUUUCCGCUAUUAUGCGCAUUCGUCAUCACUUUCCCAUUCCUCUCCGAUCAGUUCUUCUCUCUCUCACACUGCUUUUGCCUCCAUUGAACCCUUCUUCUCUCUGCUCACCGGAAUAUUUCUCUCACAAAAGAUGAAGGUACUCUUUCUCUCCGAUGUGUAAUCGAUUCGAUUCGAAUCAAGAUAAGUAAUUGCGAUUUCCAUUGCCCAAUCGAUUCAAUACUUGAGAAUUUUCGAUUGAGAUCACUACGAUUGUCAGAUUUAAUUAUUGGUUCUGUUUUGUAAUUGAUUCUGUAGCAAUUCUGGAGUCCAAGUAGUAUCAACAAGAACAAAGCUAUGGUUGAGAAUCUGCAAAAUCAUGGUAUAGUUACUUCAGAUGAAGUUGCUAAAGCUAUGGAGGCUGUGGAUAGAGGCGUAUUUGUAACAGAUCGUUCCUCUGCUUAUGUUGAUAGUCCCAUGUCUAUUGGUUAUAAUGUGACUAUAUCAGCUCCUCAUAUGCAUGCAAUGUGUCUUCAACUUCUUGAAAAACAUUUGAAACCGGGAAUGCGUGUACUUGAUGUUGGCUCGGGGACCGGGUACUUAACUGCUUGCUUUGCGGUUAUGGUUGGAACCGAAGGGCGUGCUAUUGGUGUGGAACAUAUUCCUGAAUUGGUGGCUUCUUCUGUUAAGAAUAUUGAAGCGAGUGCUGCUUCGCCAUUUCUGAAAGAAGGGUCUCUUGCUGUUCAUGUUGGUGAUGGGAGGCAAGGAUGGGCUGAGUUUGCUCCGUAUGAUGCUAUUCACGUCGGAGCAGCAGCACCGGAGAUCCCAGAGGCGUUGAUUGAUCAGUUGAAGCCCGGUGGGAGACUGGUGAUUCCGGUUGGGAACAUAUUCCAAGAUCUGCAAGUGGUGGAUAAGAACUCAGAUGGUUCUGUUAGCAUCAAGGAUGAAACUUCAGUUCGUUAUGUUCCUUUGACUAGCCGUGAAGCCCAGCUGAGAGGGGACUGA